AACGAACCCUUCUUUGUAUAGAAAAACCAUAACAGUGUUUCUUUUUCAAAUUCGCCGAUUCAUUCAUUCUUUCAUUCUUCUCUCUCUUUGCGUUUCUUCUUGACCAUCUUCAAGCUGAAACAAUCACGCAACACAACACGCUUCAAUUCAUUUCCUUAUUAUCUCCAUUUCUUCAUUCAAUUUUCAUUAUUUCCGUUUUAAUUCUCUGAAUCUCGCUUUCUUUCUUGCAGGUUUCUUCGAUCACCGUCAUCAUAAAUGGAUUCAGGAUCGUGGAGUUCUUCUACAAAGACCAAAUCCCGUUCCCCUUUCCAAGAACGCUUCCUCCACAGAAAGAAUUCGUCUCAAGAUAACUUGGAUAGGUUCAUCCCAAAUAGAUCAGCCAUGGACUUCGGUUACGCUCACUACAUGCUAACGGAGGGUAGAAAGGGAAAAGAGAAUCCAACCGUGACGUCACCAUCUCGGCAAGCCUAUCAGAAACAACUCGCCGAAGCCGUAAACAUCAACGAUCGAACACGAAUCUUGGCCUUCAAGAAUAAGCCUCCAGCGAAAGUCGAACUCAUCCCUAGGGAUAUUCUUUCCCCUCCUCCUCAAUCCAGAUCAUCCAAACCGAAACGACACAUUCCUCAGAGUUCUGAGAGGACAUUGGAUGCCCCUGAUAUCUUAGAUGACUUCUACUUGAAUUUAUUAGAUUGGGGUAGCGGUAAUGUCCUUAGUAUUGCCCUUGAAAGUACAGUUUAUCUUUGGAAUGCUUCUGAUAGUUCCACUUCAGAACUUGUCACUGUGGACGAAGAUCAAGGCCCUGUCACCAGUGUUAGCUGGGCCCCAGAUGGUCGACAUCUAGCAGUUGGUUUGAACAACUCUCAUGUCCAGCUCUGGGAUACCACUUCUAAUAAACUGCUGAGGACAUUGAAGGGUGGACAUAGAGCAAGAGUGGGCACACUGGCUUGGAACAGUCAUAUUCUGACAACAGGGGCAAUGGAUAGUAAAAUAGUAAACAAUGACGUUAGAGUGAGAUCUCACAUUGUUGAAACUUACAGGGGACACAGCCAGGAAGUGUGUGGGCUCAAGUGGUCACCCUCAGGAACACAAUUGGCAAGUGGAGGAAACGAUAAUGUUGUUCACAUAUGGGAUAGGUCUGUGGUUUCUUCAAAUUCACCUACCCGUUGGCUUCACAGGUUUGAGGAACACAAUGCUGCAGUGAAGGCACUGGCUUGGUGUCCUUUUCAGGGAAAUCUAUUGGCUUCUGGUGGAGGUGGGGGUGAUCAUUGCAUUAAGCUGUGGAACACACACACGGGUGCGCGCUUGAAUUCUGUUGAUACGGGAUCACAGGUAUGUUCUCUGCUGUGGAACAAGAACGAGCGUGAGCUUCUUAGUGCACAUGGUUACACUCAGAACCAGCUUACCCUUUGGAAGUAUCCUUCGAUGGUGAAGAUGGCAGAGCUCAACGGUCACACCUCGAGGGUGCUGUAUAUGGCGCAGAGUCCAGAUGGAUGCACGGUGGCAUCUGCAGCCGCAGAUGAGACACUGAGAUUUUGGAAUGUCUUUGGAACCCCAGCAGCAGCAUGCAAAGCAACACCAAAGAGAAAUAAAGAACCCUUUGCUAAUUUCAACAGUAUCCGUUGAAGAUACAUACAAAACUAAAUGUAUUAAAAAAUGGUAGUCGGUAGUUUUGUAUUAAAAAAUGAUUAUUUAAUUUUUUAAAUUGUAUUAUGGGUUUAGUUUUUGUAGGUACCCAGAUGUAGAUUUAGAUACAUACAUUUAUACUGUAAUCAAAUGUAUACAUUCAUAAAUACAGAAUUUGGAAUGAAUGUGAUUGGAUUUUUUAUUUUCA